GAGGUGUUUCGUUUUGCACACGGCACGCAUAUUCAAACUAUAUUAUCGAUCGCCGGAAGUCGGUUUGUCAGUUGAAAAAUGGCCGUCGAAGUAUCAACAACUACAAGCGCUUGGAUAGAUUCAUCUGGAAUUUGGCUUUUUUGCAUUGAGAAGAAUAUUUUUAGUGUAGCAAUGAGAGAUUGUCCAAGUAUUAAAGUUAAUGUACGUGUAGGACACGUAGCUCCAUCAGACAAAACCCAAGUGAGACGUUGCAUUCUGUUUGCAGACGACGGAUUACUGGAGUCAACACUCAGCAACAAAACGUCACCAGCCUUGCUAGUUGUCAAAAAUUCUUGUGAUUUUAAGUUUGACAAAGAUGCAGUCAAGGGAUUAUUCAGCAUUGGAAGUGAGUCUUGGGCUGCACUUGUUUGGUCAUUUGCUAUUGUUCCAGGAGCAACUUUCCAAGGGAGACCUGAUCAUAGCAAUGCCUUAGAUCUUCCGGGUAUGCCAGUUCACAAUCUGAAUGAAAUUCUGAAAUGUUCAUGUGUAGUAGGAGGAAGCAUUUUUGUGCCAAAUAAAGAUAUCAAUGUAUUAACAUCUGAAUUAACUGUUAAUGACUCAGGGAGUGAAAGUGAUCAGGAUGACCAAGGUAUUUCAGACCAUGAUAGUGCUGAGGAUGAACAUUACACCUCCAUCUUUCAAAUAAGAGGUUCAACAUAUGGUGAAGAAUAUCAACUUAAUCUAAAGGAGGUACAAGGUGCACUUAGACAAUGUAUUUCUGUGCCCGUCAGACUUUUAUUUCAAAAAGACAAUCCUAAGGACAAAAAUGCUAUAAGUGUAAAUGCUACUGUCAACAGCAAGGACCUUCAACUUGGCUAUAUUGGUGUCAAAAAAAUACCAAAGGUAACAAAGGCUUUGACAUCAGGAGAAAUAGUGACAACAUCUAUGAAGUCCGUCACAUCGUGGUUUGUCAGAAACUUGAACUCAAGAAAACUGAAAGGAUCGGUUGUUGUCUGCAAGAAAGGAAAAUGGCUUCCAGAUUCAGACAAUAAUUUUUAUAAUGCAGAUUUGUAAAUUUUAAUUGUAUGACAUCAGAUUGUGUUAUAGUAUUUUCAUUAACAUGUAGUCAGUAAUGUCAGGAUGCACCAUAUGCAUUUUGAUUUAUUCCUGGGGUUUCUUUCACCACAAAUGUCUGGUUUCACGUCUAUGGAUAAAUUUAAUGUUUAUUGUACAUGUAUGUCUCUUAACUGAUAAAUAUCUUCGAGCUGUCUUCAACUUUUCAGCAAAAUGUUUUUUAAACAAUUGGAGUUUCUCUCAACCAAGUUUAUAACCAGUGGGAUAAAACAAAAAUUGUGAAUUCCAGAUAUACAUUUUACAGAAAUUUUAGUUUCCCUGAAACAUUGGUUAAAUCAUUUACCCAAAAACUAAAAUUAUAAACUACAUGUAGGGAUUUGUCUGUAACAAAUAUUUGUGAUAUUUGCAGAUAGUAUAAUCUAUAAGUAUAUACUACACCUAUUAAAAUG